AGUUCCUUCGCUUCAUUCAUUUCCUGGGGAACAGGUUUAAAAAUAUGGCGGGAACGUCUACGUUGCGCCAACGUUAGACAGAAAGCAAACCGCUUUAUUCUGUUUAUAAACAACCGUUUUAUAUUCUUAUACACUCGUUUUAUAUUUCCAUAUCGCUGUAUAUAUAUAUUUAUUUAUAGUGUCCAUCCCCCCUUGUUCCCCCCUUUUUCUUCCUCAGCCAGCAUCAUGCCUUUACUGAAUGUGAUGGGGGUGAAUAUAGAAUUCCCGUUUGAAGCCUAUGAAUGCCAGAAGGACUACAUGCAGAAGGUGAUCACAUGUUUACAACAGAAUCAGAACGGCAUCUUGGAAAGUCCUACAGGGACUGGUAAAACCCUCUGCCUCUUGUGUUCGUCCCUUGCAUGGCUGCAAGACUACAAAGCCCUGAUGGCAUUGAAGAGGCAAGGAAGAGCCCAGGAAUUUGUUGAGAGCAGUGCAGGUGGCGGAAACAUCAUAUUGGACAGUUUAUCAAAGCAGCUGACCAACUCGAGUGGUGCCGCAUGGGGAGGAGGACAGGAGUUUGUUGUACCCAAGAUCAUCUAUGCAUCACGUACCCACUCACAGCUGACUCAGGUUGUCCAGGAAUUGAAGAGGAGUGCCUACAGCAGUGUCAAUGUCUCGAUUUUGGGGUCUCGAGACCAACUUUGUAUCCACAACCAGGUAAAGAAGGAGACCAGCAAUGUGAAUAAGGUGUUAAUGUGUCGAGCUAAGGUGAACAACCGGACAUGUCACUAUUACAACAACUUUGAUGAAUUGAAGAAGAAGGGCGACCCUCGACAGACAUCUGGUAACAUUGUGGAUAUUGAAGACCUAGUUAAUAUUGGGCUCCAGCGCAAAUUGUGCCCCUAUUACCUGUCAAUCGAUCUCAAGAAGGAUGCAGAUAUAAUAUUUAUGCCAUACAACUAUCUACUUGACCCAAAGUCUCGCAAGUCAAAUGGCAUCGAAUUGGAAGGCAACAUCAUUAUAUUUGAUGAAGCACACAAUUUGGAAAAAAUCUGUGAAGACAGUGCAUCUUUUCAACUAAACUCUGCUGACCUUGCACUUGUUAUCGAGGAACUGACUCAGCUAUCCACCAAGUUUGUAGCCCUGGCACAAAUGGAGAUAUCUGGCUUCACAGAUGAGGAAUAUGGUGCUAAUAGUAAUGCCCCAGAUUUUACAUUGGAUGAAGUCCUCCAACUCAAAGCUUGCAUUAAGGAACUUGAGGAUGUCUUGGACAGUGAACCUUUAAAUUCUGAUAGGCGUGCAACCAAACCAGGAAGUUACAUCUUUGACCUGUUCAUGAAAGUAAACAUCAACAAGGAGAACAAGUUCAUUUACCUCACCCUUUUGGAGAAGAUUGUCAGUUAUUUAACAGCUGACUCUUCUGCCGGUAUCUUCAAUACAAAAGGUUCUGGAGUUUCCAAGUUUUCUGACUGUCUUCAGAUUGUAUUCAAGGAAUCCGACCCCAAUGACCAAAGCAAUUCCCGUAUUUCUGAUAAUUAUAUGGUUCACAUUGCAGAGGUGACGGUUAAACCGAAACAAAAAUCAAUGGACUCUUGGAUAAAAUCUUCAGAAGCACCACAAAGACGAGAACUCAGCUACUGGUGUUUCUGUCCGGGUUUCACAAUGAAGGAACUCGUGUCUCACGGUAUCAAGUGCUUGAUCCUGACAAGUGGCACGCUGUCACCGAUCAGUUCUUUCUCCAGUGAACUGAAGAUACCAUUUCCUGUGGUUCUUCAGAAUCCUCACAUCAUAAAGAAACAUCAAAUAUGGGUGGGUGCAGUGCCAAGGGGACCAGACAACUACACCCUGAAUUCCAGCUUUGAAACAAGGUUUGACCUCAAGUACCAAGCAUCACUUGGCAAUGCCAUCGUAAACUUUAGCCGGUUAAUCCCUCAUGGACUCUUGGUCUUCUUCCCAUCCUACCCACUCAUGGAUGCCUGCAUUACCCACUGGAAGAGUAUAGACAUCUGGAGACGGAUCAAUGAACAAAAACCUGUCCUUGUGGAACCAAGAAAUAAAGAUGACUUUCAAGUUGCUAUUGACGAUUUCUACUCCAAGGUGUCCGACCCUUCGCUGAAAGGAGCCACAUUCAUAGCAGUGUGUCGGGGAAAGGUCAGUGAAGGUCUUGAUUUUGCUGAUGUGAAUGGCCGAGCUGUUCUCAUUACAGGUUUACCAUUUCCACCUUUGAAGGACCCAAAAGUGAUGAUGAAGAUGAAAUUUUUGGAUAAUUUGAUUGCUAAAGGCAACAAAAUGCAAAUGUCUGGACAGCGGUGGUACCAGCUACAAGCCUACAGAGCUGUGAAUCAAGCUAUUGGAAGAGUCAUCAGGCACAAAGAUGAUUAUGGGGCCAUCAUCCUGUGUGAUACUCGGUUCGCCCAAGACCAUAACAUUCGCCAUCUUCCCACGUGGCUCCGGAAUGAAGUUGGCAAACCGGACAAUUAUGGUCAAGUUGUGCGUCAGCUGGCUUCCUUCUUCAAGAAUGCUGAAAAAAUGUUACCACAACCGGUGCUUUCUUCCGGACACCGUAAAGCUGCCAAACCUGCCUUCAAAUUUAGUCACGGUUCAUAUUUUGAAACUGGUACAGUGAAGAGACGUCCUCCAUCGGCCAGAGCCUCAGAUGUUGCCAUACAUGUCCCCAGUUUGAGCACGGAUGCGGAGCCCAGCACAGCACUGUUACAGCAAUAUAACCAAGCAGAAUCCACCCGACACCCUACUAACAAAGUUGGUUUAUUAGAAAUGCUGAGUGACACAGAUAAAAGAAAUGAAGAAUUCACUGUGUUAAAAUCUUUAACGUCCCAAAGAAUUCCACAUACUGAAAACAGCAACGUACAAAGGAAAUCUGGGAAGAAGAAAAUUGUUAUUGUAAAGGCAGAUGAAGGCAGUCAGUCCCAACAAGAAGUUACCAGUGCAGCUAACCCCGCUUGCAAUGUUGCAGUCGCAGCGGCAGACCAUAAUAAGAAUCAUCAGUCGGCUGGAGAAUAUGUCGCUAUGGUGCGAGAUGCUUUGACCCCGUCCAGCUACAAAGUAUUUAACAAAGCCCUGGUCAAUUACAAAGGGAAAGAAGAUCUGGACAGCCUUAAAGUUGUCCUUGCUGAUCUCUUCACAGCCAAUACUGACCACUACAUAUUGCUCAGAAAGUUCUACAAAUUUAUCCGUCCCAAUCAUAAAAGACAGUUUGACCAAUUUUGUGUCGACCUCACUGGAGAAAGUUGCAACUUCCAGCCAGAGCAUACCAUUGAAAAACGCUUGGUCUGUGAUGCCAACCCACCCCCAGACAAGAAAUUAAAGACAUUUGGUCAAGAACACUGUAUCACCAACAGCACCAACAGUUCAGCUCCUCCUGGGGUAUGUAAUGUCCCGAUUGGGGUCAGUUCACUCUCUUCAUCUACUACUGCUACUCUUCCUGCUGUUAACGGAAAUCAAAUGUUGACUGUUAACCACAGGCCACAGAUUGAUGUGCCAUCAGAACCUUCAGGUUCAACAUCAGCAUCAGUACACAGAGCAACCACCAUCACCUCAGCAACAACAACAACCACAUCAGCAACAACAACAACAGCAACCACAUCAGCAACAACAACAGCAACAAUAGCAAAUGGAAAGGAACCCGAGACUGUAUCUAAGCAGCACCUUGUUGAGGACCUAAAAGAAAGGUGUAAGAUGAACAUUAAGUCUGGUCAAAACCUGACCCUGUCUUCAGAAAAAUGCUGCAAGUGCAACAAGAUGGCUUUCAUUCCUUUCCGUUCCCUCUGUGGCCAUAUCUGUUGUCUGCCAUGCUGGAAGGAAGUAUCCCAGUCUAAUAAGCUGUGUCCAUCUUGUGGCACAAGAGUGCGGCGAAGUCACCUUUCCCAGGUGCCCUUCUGAAAGGAUUCUGGUUAUAGGAACAUCAACAUGUUUUGUAGUUGAAGUGCUGCAACAUUUCUAUCAAGAACUGAUCUCAAGAACUGUAGGCGUUCAUUUGGACCUUCCUAUCUCCAUCAUCAUUCUAAGGACUCCUGCUUAAUAGGACUGCACACACAUACACACGCACACAAUUUUCAUGACACAUUGUCUGAUAUAUAUAUAUAUAUAUCUGUAAAAAUAAUAUGUGACAAUUACUUUUUUCAUAGCGUUUUUCAG